UAUUCCUCGGUCACACCGAUCCAAAAAAAAGCAAGGGUUCGCGUGGCUGCUGCGCGCUGUGAAAAGCAAAUAGCAAAGAAGCCCAAAAGCCAGGCAAUCGCAUCGCCAGAAGCACAAAACGCUUGCUCCAUUUCGGAAAACCCAGUGCGCUUUUCCAACCCGCCGCCGGACUUGCAAACGAUCCGACUGCGACAAAAACUGAAUAACUGAAAUAACCAGCCGAGUUGAGAGUGAAAAAUUUUUACUAAGUGCGGAGCAAGAAAAAAAAAAAGACUAAAGACCGACAAAUAAAGAAAAACGCCGAGCGCCGCAAAAUGAGUGGGGAUGUGGCUGCCGAGAAUAACAUCCACAUACAAAAUGGUGGCAGCUGCGAGGUGGUUCAGUCCAACGGGGUGACCACCAACGGACACGGACACCACCAUCACCACCACAGCAGCAGCAGCGGGAGCAGCAGCAGCAAGCAUAAAUCCUCCAGCAAGGACAAGCACCGUGAUAAGGACAGGGAGCACAAGAGCUCCGGAUCCUCCAGCUCGUCGAAGGAUCACAAGAGCAGCAGUCGCGACAAGGAUCGGCACAAGAGCAGCAGUAGUAGCUCGUCGUCCAAGCAUCGGGACAAGGACAAGGAACGCGACAGCAGCAGCAACUCUCAUCGCAGCAGCUCUUCGUCCAGUCACAAGGACAAGGAUGGGAGCAGCAGCAGUAGCAGCAAGCACAAGUCCUCGUCGUCAUCGUCCAGCUCCGGCCAUCAUAAGAGCUCCUCGAAGGACAAGGAGCGACGCGACAAGGACAAGGAUCGCAGCAGCAGCAGCUCCUCCAGCCGGCACAAGUCCUCCUCGUCCAGCUCCCGUGAUAAGGAGCGCAGCAGCAGCAGUCAUAAGAGCUCCUCCUCGUCAUCCUCAUCCAAGAGCAAACAUUCCAGCUCGCGGCACAGCAGCUCUUCGUCGAAGGAUCCGCCAUCGUACGAUGGAGUGUUCGUCAAACCGGAGCCCGUUUCCCAACCGUUGAUGCACUCGGGUCCGGUCGAUCCAUUUCACAUGCAGCAGCUCGAUGGCUAUCAGGCCACAGCCGCCAUCAAUUGUAAUGGCAAUGGCAAUGGGAACGAUGGUGGCAUCAACUACAAGAACGGCUACGAGGAAUCGAUUGUGGACAUCAAGAAGGAGGACGAUAGCUUCAACAAUCUAUCGCAGGCCAGCUCCUGUGAUUACUCUAUGUCCCAGUUUCGCGCCGACGAGCCGCCGUUCGAGGUUAAGCACGAGCAGAGCUACGCCGAAGAUGAUAGCACCAUGAACAACAAUGAUCAGGAUGAGAACGAUCCUGACGAGAUGGACGACGACGAGGAGGAUCUGCCGCUGGCCAUGCGCAAGCGCAAGCAGGAGGCACCCGAUCAGGCCGAUCGCGGCAUGGAUGACGACGACGACGACAUUCCGCUGCUGGCGCGCAAGAAGGUCAAGAAGGAACCCAAGGAGAAGUCCAAGAAGAAGCGGGUCAAGGAGGAGGCCGAGGAUGAUUACGGCAGCGUCAAGCCCAAGAAGAAAAAGAUCAAAAAGGAAGCCGAGGUUAAGACCGAGGUCACAUCGCCCACCAAACGCCAGAAGGUCAAGGAGGAGGAGGAGGAGGUGUGGAGAUGGUGGGAGGAGGAAAAGCGCGCAGAUGGCGUCAAGUGGACAACGCUGGAGCACAAGGGUCCCGUGUUCGCUCCUCCAUACGAGCGGGUGCCACGCAACGUGCGGUUCUACUAUGAUGGCAAGCCCCUUGAUCUCUCCGAGGAAACGGAGGAAGCGGCCACCUUCUAUGCGAAGAUGUUGAACCACGACUACUGCACCAAGGAUGUGUUCAACAAUAACUUCUUCAAGGAUUUCCGCAAGUCGAUGACGUCCAAGGAGAAGGAGAUCAUCAAGGAUUUCCGCAAGUGCAACUUCCAGGAGAUGUUCAACUAUUUCCAGGCGGAGUCCGAGAAACGCAAGGCGGCCACCAAGGAGGAGAAGCUGGUCAAGAAGAACGAGAACGAGGCCCUGAUCAAGGAGUUUGGUUUCUGUAUGAUUGACGGGCACAAGGAGAAGAUUGGUAACUUCCGGCUGGAGCCGCCGGGUCUGUUCCGCGGCCGUGGCGAGCAUCCCAAAAUGGGCAUGAUCAAGCGGCGCAUCCAUGCCAGCGAUGUGUCCAUCAACUGUGGCAAGGAUUCAAAGGUGCCGUCGCCGCCCAGUGGAUCGCGCUGGAAGGAAGUGCGCCACGACAAUACCGUCACCUGGCUGGCCUCCUGGAUCGAGAACGUGCAGGGACAAGUCAAGUACAUCAUGUUGAAUCCCUCCUCGAAACUCAAGGGCGAGAAGGAUCACAUCAAGUACGAGACGGCGCGCCGCCUGGACAAGGUUAUCGAUAAGAUCCGGGCCACCUAUCGCGACGAGUGGAAGUCCAAGGAGAUGAGGGUUCGCCAGCGGGCGGUGGCUCUAUACUUCAUCGACAAACUGGCACUGAGAGCGGGCAACGAAAAGGAUGAGGAUCAGGCGGAUACCGUGGGCUGUUGCUCGCUGCGCGUGGAGCACGUCCAGCUGCACAAGGAGCUCAACGGCAAGGAGAACGUGGUGGUGUUCGACUUUCCCGGUAAGGAUUCCAUUCGCUACUACAACGAGGUCGAGGUGGAGAAGCGCGUCUUCAAGAACCUCGAGCUGUUUAUGGAGCACAAGAAGGAGGGCGACGACCUCUUCGAUCGACUCAACACUCAGGUGCUUAACGAGCAUCUCAAGGAGCUGAUGGACGGACUUACGGCCAAGGUAUUCCGUACGUAUAACGCUUCGAAAACACUGCAAAGCCAGCUGGAUCUGCUUACCGAUCCGAGUGCCACGGUACCGGAAAAGCUGUUGGCCUACAAUCGCGCCAAUCGUGCCGUAGCCAUCCUCUGUAACCAUCAGCGUUCCGUGCCCAAGGGCCACGAGAAGUCGAUGGAGAACCUGAAGGAGAAGAUCAAGACCAAGCGUGAUGCCAUCGACGAUUGCGAGGCCGAAUAUCAUGAUAUGAAGAAGGCCGCCAAACGUGGCUCCGUCAAGGAGAAGGUCCUGGCCGACAAGAAGGGCAAACAGCUGGAGCGCCUGAAGGAUCAGCUGAAGAAACUAGAAUUACAAGAGACUGAUAGAGACGAGAAUAAGACCAUUGCCCUGGGCACAUCUAAGCUAAACUAUCUCGAUCCACGCAUAUCGGUGGCUUGGUGUAAAAAGAACGGAGUGCCGAUCGAGAAGAUAUUUAACAAAACGCAAAGAACCAAAUUUAUGUGGGCCGUGCACAUGGCCGAUGAGAAUUAUCGUUUUUAAAUGGGUUCUCCUCACUGGCACGCCUACAAAACUGACACGCCCCCUCUCACACACACCCACACACACACACACAAAAGCGUAGACAGCGCAGGUUGAAAAACUAGAAACCGCGAAAAACCACACCCACCAAAAGGCCGGUUUGCAAGUAGAUACCCCAGGUUAAUUCCCAUACUUUGCCCAAGAGUUUAUGCAAUGUGUAGUGCAUAUGUCCAGCUCUUGGGGGAAGUGAAGGUAUCUCACGGAACUAUCCUCCAAAAGGAAAGAGACGGAUGUACCGAACCCAGGGAUCUGCUUGCCUGCGUCUGUUUUGUCUGCUUUAAAUCGUUGUUUGAUUGUUUCAAGUGCGCACUACGCUGAAGUCUAACUUGCGAAAUGUACACACCAAACACACACGCGCUCACACUUCUAUACGGUUAUAUAUAUGUAUCGAACGAAAUAUAUAUAUAUAUAUAUUAUAAACCAAUUUUUAAUAAACACCAAGAGAAGAAGAGAAACCUGUGCAAGACGUCGUCGCCACCUAAAAACAAAAUAACAUAAUUUUCUAUGUUACCGUCUACGAAGCAACAAUUUUUUUUGUCAAAAAUGACUUCUCUUACAUAUAUUUUAAUUUUAUAUAUUAAUUAAAUACACAAAAACGAAAAACAAAAAAAAGAACUUACAAACAAAUCGCAAACAAACAAAAAAUUAUAAAAUUACAAGUUUUUUUAUGUUUACAUUUAGUUGAUUUUUGUUUAGCGAGAAAUGUCUUUCACUAUUAAUUAAUAUUAAUUAUACGAGUACUACGAUAACGUAUUUAAGUGCUAAUUGAACAGAGAAACCUUGUAGCCCAACUUUUAGCAUAGCAUAAUUUAUUCAAUUCAACUCUGAUCCAGCGCAACUUACCGCCCCAAGAAAACGAAGAACAAAACCCUGUGCAUGUCGAGGUGAUUUUGUUUUGUACCUUAUGAUUUUAGUUAAAAUUAAAAUAAACGAAUGCUAAAUUCAUUUGCAAACCUUUUUAUACUUUAAGCCCACCCCCCCAUACGAUAAUGACAUAAUAUAUAUACAGGUUUCAAAUUCUUAUCUGAGAUCAAAGCCACAACACAAAAUCAAACAAGAAAAAAACCAAUUGCAAAUACAAAUCAAUCAAUGAACCAAAACCACAGCCAACAAACAGUCGCAGCGAAAACUCUAAUCUAAAAGAAUGGAACUUUAUACAUAUAGGAUCUAUUAGUAUGUGCAAUUAAGUGAGUUAAAAAAAAAACCUGUAAAAAUCGAGCGUCCAUUUGGGACCACUUUUCGUCCAGCGGUCCGCAAUCAGAAUAUAUAUAUUUUGUAAUUACUCAAUUUGCGUUGCAUCCUGUACCGAUUUUAUUCGAAAACCGCUGAACAGAGAGUGGAUUUAAGUGGACCUAGUAGGAGGAGAGUUAAGAGAACACCUUAUACCUUAUGUCCCCCAUCAUUUACGAAUGUAUGUAGCCGUAUUUUUGAGUUCGCAAAUCGAUGGAAUUUCGCCUCACGCCCCCUAGCAUAAAUUGCAAAUGCGCAUUGCAAAUAAAGAACGAUCUUUAUAAAUAAAUAGCGACCCAAACACAUAUGAUAAUUAGUGAUUAAAAAACACAAACCUUUAUAUAUACGUAUGUCGUGGAUUCGCAUACGCAAGCGGGACAAUGCUUUCAAAAGGCAACAAAAAAAAGUUAAAUAAACUAAUUACAAUCCCCCUUUCGCCCCGCCUCCCCCACUCACAUAUAAACUUGGCAUAUUACAAUAUUGAUAUAAGCAAAGAAAAAACAAGAAACGAAAUGAUAAGAUGCCCCCACUAUUUUAAAACAAAAACAAAAUAUAUAAAAAAAAAA